AUGACAUCAUCUUCGUCUCGUAGUAGGGUAUUAAAUCCCGGCCCCGAGGAUGGUUCAUUACUGCGCUAUCAGUCUAUUCAUGUUUCAGAGCAUAUUUGGAAUGGUCGUGAACACCCAAUAUUGAGAGUGAGAAGAGGUCAUUUCAUACAUGCUGGCAUGGAGGGAGUACCAGUAGAGAUUAUUCCUCAUUUGACAGUAGUAGGAUUUACUGGAGUAGCACAGUUGACUAGUAUUCCUAUUGACCGCCAAUUGAUUACAGCGUUGGUAGAAAGAUGGAGGCCAGAGACCCAUACAUUUCACAUGCCCCCUGGAGAGUGUGCUAUUACUCUUCAAGACAUUGCUAUUCAGAUGGGUCUUCGUAUUGAUGGAAGACCAGUUAUUGUCUCUACAGGAGGUGACAGGGCACAAAUUGUUGAAGAUUUAUUGGGAAUUAGACCACUUAAUUCUACAUUUAUGGGGAGCAGCUUGAAACUUACUUUGUUGGAUGAGCAUUUUUCCCAUGUUGGGUUGCACAACCAAAAUCCCAUUCAGCUAACUCACUUUGCAAAAGCAUAUAUUUUGAGACUUAUUGGUGAGUUUAUGUUAGCUUAUCAUUCUAGUAGCAGGGUCCCAGUUAUGUACCUUCCUUUACUUGAGGAUUUAGAGAUAACUGGACAAUAUAGUUGGGGAAGUGCAGUGUUAGCCUUCCUAUACAGAGAGUUAUGCAUGUCCACGAAUAUUGAUCGGUCUGGUAUUGGAGGAUUGACUCCACUUGUGAUGCUGUGGGCGUGGGAUAGGUUCCCAUUUCUAUCUCCGGGUGAUCCCCCUUACACACAGAAUGAUCUUCCUUAUGGUGCACAGAAGGGGAGAAAGGAUCUAGCUUACUUUAGGUUCAAAUUUGAUCAUUUGAAACGUGAUCAGAGAGAUAUUGUGCCGCUUAUUUGUUUCCAAAUAUGUGAAUGGCACCAGCCCGAUCGUACCAUGCGUCAAUUUGGGAUGGUACAACAUAUUCCUCAUGCUUCUUAUCAGCCAGACCAGCUACAUGACAUUACUCUUAAAGGGAAGACUGCUGACAAUUGGGAGUCAAAGUUCAGGGGCGUACUAGAGCAUUGGGACAGAAGAUUAGAUUGGGUUGUGAGUAAUGAACCGCAAAUUGGUCUACUGAGUUCGAACUCUGAAUACAUGCGGUGGUACCAUACUCAUACUAGACGGUGGAUGAGCAGAGAUGCUGCAGUGUUUGCAUUACUUGGAGAUGCUCAUGAGAGGGCCUAUUACUUGUGUAAUGAUGGGAGGGACACAUUUUCAUUUGAGGAGAUGAAGGAUUUGUGUGAGACGAUGUUAGCCUUGCAAAAUGAGCAGGAACGUAUCUUAGAGCCUUCAUCUUCAUGUGAUCCUCCUAUCCAGAGUGGAAAUUUAGAUGAGCCUCAAAUUGACAUUGGUAUUGGUGAACAACGUCGGGAAGGCAAAGGUUUGCAACAUCGGCGAAUGUCAUUUCAGGCCACAGAUUUUACAUUGCCCCCUUUGCCCGAACGAGGAGAUGGUGUUUAUUAUGUCCCACCACCUUUUCCGUUUCAACAAUCACAAUGGAUACAGUCAUCUUAUGUUCACUCAUCACAGCAAUCAAACGUCCCUCUUGCAUCUCCAUUUUUCAGCGGUGAAUUUUAUGUUCCUGACGCUAGCCUUUUUAUGACACCUCCUCCAUAUGAGCCUAUGUUUUUCACACCGAGUGCACCCGGUGUAGGCACUCAUCAAAGUGGAUGUAGUGAGCAAACAACAUCAUUACGACCUGGGCAUGACCGUGGAAUUGAUCUUAAUGCUGAAUUCAUUGCAGCCUCAGAUGCAGCAGGAGCUGAUGUGAGACGUAACCCUCACCGUGGAGCGCGAGAUCGUCGUCGACAGUGCAUUCUCACACCUCAUGAGGAGGGAUCUCACGAGCAGUCAUUGAAUUCUGAUUGA